CGCUAAUCGAAGGCACUCGCGACGAGAAGGGGCAGCAGAGCGGCAGGAGCGGCUGCACGAGGCGCCGUGUGCUGGUUUGGGCGCAGCUUAAAAUGAAAGCAACCUCUACGUUUCACACGGACUGAACUCCACAGCGGAUAAAAGGAUGUGAAUCCCUCCCAUGUUCACUUUUCCUGGGAUGAGUCCAGCUCCACUGGCUUGUGAACGUGAUAGUGAUGGAUGAAAUGACGGAGGAGUCAAGGGGGCAGACGGAGACCAAUCCUGGUUUGUUGGACAACGUGGUCCAGGUCAGUGUUGACGCCGACGGGAUUGUCGUGGAAUUAGAGGACGCUGAGGAUGAACCACCUCCUGAUUGGCUGGAACCAUUGGAGGAGGACUAUGUUGAGGAUGGCAAAGAAGGGGUGGAGAGUGAAAGGAGCACUCAGACAAGAGCCAAAAGGGGUGGAUGGCGUAAAGGAAAAAGGCGGAAGGUGGUUUUGGAUGAUGGGUGGCUGGACUGCCCUGACCUGGGCAAAGGCUGGAAGAGAAAAGCGAUCUAUCUCCGCACAGGCCCUGCCAUGGGCAGAAAAAUAAUGCACUACAUGAGUCCAAAGGGCUUCCGAGUCAGGAGUAAGAAAGAACUUAACAGACGUGUCAAGGUUGACUUGACUCACUUUGACUUCAAUCAAGGCAUAUUUGUGGAUGGUGUUAUCACAACAAAGUGUCGAAGAUCCACACGUUCCAGCCUUUCUUCCUCCAAGGCCAACACUCCGAACCAUAACAUGAUCCGCACUCCUGACAAAUUGACCAGAACCCCUCAGAAACCCCACCUCACUCCCAACACCCUGGCAGCUAGUGUGGUUACACCUUCAGCCUCCAAUGACCCUUACAACAGCCCACCACAGCUCACUCGAGUUUCGCCAGUAGCCCCCCAGGCCCAGCUACCCAGCCCUUCACCUUCUCUAAGAUUGGGUGACCUCUCGCCCCAAAUUCUCGGCCAUUUUACCACUCCUGAAAAAGGCAAGGUUGCUCUGCUUGCCCACUCCUGGCUCCAGUCCCCUCUGGCCCCUCUAAGCCCAACUGAGACCCCUGAGAGAGACCCAUUCACACAUGCCAGUGCACUUACAAGCUCUCCAGGCUUCCAACUGCCACUGGACUCCAGUGCAGUGCUUAACGGAGGAAAUCGGGAGAAUGGUCUCUCUCUCAGUGGCUGUGCAAACUGUGGCUGCAAAUACCCUGGCACUGGCAGUGGAGAAGAGCUGUGUCCCAAAUGCACAUCGAAGAAGAGGCAGCGUUCUCCUCAUAUUAUCUUUAAAAAGGUGGGGCAAGAUAAGUGGGUGGUUGGGAAAACAAAAACCGAAGGCUUCCUGAAAAAGAAGAUUUCUCCUCUGGGAAAGAAACAUUACGCUUCUAGCUUGACGGCCAAACGGGUAGAAAAGGAAAAAAUGAAGGAAAUCAAGAAGCAGGACAGUGAGGAUGAUGACCAUGUGCCUGAUGGUGCUGAUGACGAUGACCAAGAUUUUGGGCCGAAGAAACGCAAACGGCGGAUGUGUGGCCAGUGUAAGGCCUGCCUCCGUGACCAGGACUGUGGCAAAUGUGAUUUCUGCAUGGACAAGCCCAAAUACGGUGGGAAAAACAAGAAAAGGCAAAAAUGCCGUUAUCGCCAAUGCCAGUUUCACUCUCGCCUCAAGACUUGGCGAAUAAUGAAAUUCAAAAGGCGUUUCAGCUUGGUCGACGAGGGCGAAGACAAAAGGGCUGAUGAAAAAGCUGACGAACCGGAGGCCCGAAAGCACGGCACACCUCGGAGGAAGCAGAAAAUGAAACGCCGCCCGUGGGACAAUGAUGUUACGGACAAUGAAGACAAUGACGAUAAUGAGGAUGAAGACCAGCGUCCCAGGAGGAAAGGGCGACGGGGCAGAGGGAGGAAACGGAGGUACAGUCUCAAACAAGAGGAAGACGAGGAGGGUGGUGAGAUGGGCAGGCCUGAGAUUGAGGAGGAUGGACUGGACGAUCCAGAGGAGGCCCAGUUUGUGUUAUGUGAUGAUGGCAAUAAUGUUUUUUACGAGGAGCUCUACCCAAACAGCUACUCACCCAGUGCACAGAAUGGCACUGUGGACAUUGUGGAGAGCAGUGGUGCUCAGUCGGGCACCGUGGAGUCCAGCCAGUCUUCUCAGGACUGGGUCUGCACUGUGGCAGGCUUUCCUCAGGGUUCCCAGGCGCUGGGGUCUGUAAAGCUGAGCAGCAACGGCCCUGUACAGUUCAGCGAUGUUCUGGACAAGCCUGCCCCUCUGCAAGUCUCGAACGUCCUGAGCAGUAACGAGCAACUGAGUGAGGCUUUGAAUAGGAGCUGGCUGGAUCUGAUCCAGGUGGAAACGGCCAUGCCACAGGUCAUCCCAGCACCACAGUUUGCACCAGAGCCUCCAGAUGACACGCCGUCGAUCACGCAGAUCUACAGCCUGGCGGACAUUAAAGAGAAUGACCCGACCGAGGACCCGGGCCUGCUGGAGCUGCUGAGCUCCCUGCGGCGCACCGUGCUGCCAGCCCACUGGGUGGGUGUGAUGGCCAAAGGUCCACUGCUGCAGCUCUUCCAGUGCUCCAAGCUCUCGCCCAUGGCUGACACCGUGCUGCAGAUCGAGACAGACUUCUACUAUCAGAUCAACGUCCAGAACCAACCGCUGCUGCUCACGCACCCCAUCUACGAGCGCCACCCGCAGCGCCUCACCUCCGUCAGCCUGGUGGUAGCACUGCUGCUGGACCUGGAGGGGCUGACUGUCUGUCAGGGCUACCAGAGCUUCGAGGCAGGGCCACGUCAGGGCCCGCUGCUGUGCGCCCGUGCUGCACUGUGCCAACUGCUCAUCCCGCAGGAUGAUGAGUGCUGUGAGAGGUGUCUGCUACCUGCUGAGGCCUGA